AUGUCUCUCAACAAGGUCCUCCUCGUCGGUGCAAACGGUAACCUCGGUACCGUCCUCCUCGAAGGUCUCGUCGCCUCCAAGUCGUUCGACAUCUCCGUCGCCAAGCGCGCAUCCUCUACUUCUACACCCGCCUAUGCCUCGUCCACCACCUCCGUCACCAUCCCCGAUGAUAUGUCAGUCGAGGGCCUCGUGCCCGCCCUCAAGGGCCAAGACGUCGUGAUCGCUUCUUUCCCUCUCAAGGACGUCUCGCAGCACCUUCGGCUCGCGGAGGCUUCAGCCAAGGCUGGUGUUAAGCGGUUCAUCCCCGCCGACUUUGGGAGCUGUGAUGCGCAGAGCGAGGAGGCCAAGAAGCUGUUGAAGCUUUACCGUGAUAAGGAUCUCGUGAGGGAGAAGUGUGUCGAGCUUGCGGCGGAGAACCCAGGUUUCUCGUGGACGUCGCUCGUGUGUGGUCACUUCUUCGACUUUGGCAUCCGGGAUGGACUGCUGCACUUUAACCUCGACACCAACGAGGCCGUCAUUCUUGACAAGGGUGACGUUCCAGCUUCAGCGGCCACCCUCCGCCGUGUGGGCGAGGCCCUCGUCGCAGUCCUCAAGCGUCCCGACACGACAAAGAACCGCCUCCUCUACGUCCAAAGUUUCCGCAAGACCCAGCUCGAAGUGCUCGCAUCCCUAGAAAAGGCCACGGGCGCAACCUGGACACGCGAGUUUGUCGACUCCAAGGCGUUCCUUGAGCGCGAGGUGAACAAGUUGUCUGUCAACUUUAGCAAGCACGCGAUGGAGGAGAUUGUGUUUGUGCUGGGCACCCUGGAUGCGGACUGGACAAAGAGGGGCGAGGCGUUUGCUAUGGAGGAGCUUGGUCUUGAGGAUGAGGAUUUGGACAAGGUUGUGCAGGAGGUUGUUGAUCAGUGGAAGAAGGAGAAGGCUGAGCAAAAGUAG